AUGAAAGCAAUCAAUGUCCGUGAUGGAACGGGUCCGGCAGAGGCACUCUUUUUCGACGAGGUCCCUGAUCCAGAACUGGAAGGCGACGACAUACUUGUCCGAAUCAAAGUCUUCGGUGUCAAUAGAGCCGAUCUCAUGCAGCGAGCGGGGACGUAUCCCAUGUUGCCUGAGUACGGGGCCAUCAUGGGUCUGGAGUUUAGUGGGAUUGUGGAGGCUAAGGGGCCUGAGGCAUCGGAUGCUUUCAAGGUCGGAGAUAAUGUGUUUGGGCUUGCUUUUGGUGGGACUAUGAGUGCUUUUUGUCUUUACGCCGAGAAGGUUGCUACAUCGGAGAAGACAUUGAUUCAUCUCCCUAAGGAACUGUCUUGGGAACGAGCUGCAAGCUUGCCCGAGGUCUUCAUGACCUCUGUUCAAGACCUUCGUCUCAUAGCAAAUUUCAAAGCUGGAGAAGACAUCCUGAUUCACGCUGGCGCUUCAGGAGUUGGCCUCGCAACAAUCCAAAUUUCCAAACUCCUCGGCGCAAACAAAAUCUUUGUCACAGCCGGUAGUGACGAGAAAUGCCGCCUCUGCCUUUCUCUCGAAGCCACCUCCGCUGUCAACUACCGCACCACUGAUUUCACCUCCGUUGUCACUCAAGAAACUAACGGAAAAGGCGUAGACAUGAUCCUCGACAUGGUGCAGAGAAGAAGGAUCAGCAUUUUGACGACGCAGUUGAGGAGCAGUGGAAAAGUUUAUCAAGGAAAGGUGAGAGAUCUGUUUAGAGAGGAAGUGUUGCCGGGGAUUGUGAAGGGAGAGAUCAAGACGUUUGUUGAUGGGGUCUAUUCUUGGAAAGAAAUCGUGGAGGUUCAUAAAAGGUUGGAGGAUAGUAAGACUUCGGGGAAGAUGGUCUGUAUUGUUGACUAA